AUGGAGGAGGAAAAAUGUCACUCAGGCCAGUUUGAAGUUGGCGGCUAUCAAUGGAGAUUGGCACCCUACCCAAAUGGGAGAAAGAACAGCAAUGGGGACGGUCACAUCUCUGUAUACUUGGCAAUAGCAGAUACCAAUGAUCUUCAACCUGGCUGGGAGGUUAAGGUUAACACAAUACGAUUCUUUGUCCUUGAUCAAAUCCGAAGCGAGUACCAGAUUAUCCAAGAUGCAAAUGGGAGAGUACGCUUUCGAAACUGGAAGACUGAGUGGGGAUUCGCCCAGUUGCUUUCCCAUGAUACUCUCAAUGAUUCAUCAAACGGCUAUCUUGUUGAUGACUCUUGUGCCUUUGGGGAGGAAGUUUUCAUAACUUGUAAAGGGGAGUGUUUGUCGAUGAUAAGUCAACCUCAAAGUAAUUAUUUCACUUGGAAGAUUGACAACUUUAACAACUUUAAAUGCUUGAAACAGAAAUUUUAUUUCUCUGAGCAAUUCACUGUUGAAGGGAGAAAAUGGAAGUUGAAGCUCUUUCCAGAGGGAGACGGAACAGGGGCCGACACAUGCUUGUCUCUCUAUCUGGUAUUAGAUGGUUCAGAAAUUCUUCCCCCCGACAGAAAAUUGUACGCAAAGUACAAGUUGCGAAUAAGGAACCUGUUGGGGGUGAAUGCCAAUAACAAAAUGCAUAGCGAAAAUUAUCUACUCCUCUUUGUGUAA